AUGGCAAACCCCGGCUACUCCCUGCACAAGCUCUGCCACAUGCUGAACCCAGACAUUCUCCCAGCCACCACAUUGGAUGCUAUGGAUAUACUGGAGGAGAUUGGUUGUGUGGAGAUGCGACGGCUGCAAAAGCCACCACCCUGCACUUUGUUUUCUUCUAGACGCAGAGGUCUCGCCAUUGGGGAUAACAUCACUGUUGAGGACAGUCUCACCGUCAUCAAUGUUCUCAUGGAAGCCCCAGUCAAACUGGCAUACUUCACCGACUUGACUAUCCAGUACUGCCAAAAUAAAAUACAGACAGCAAAUACUGACAUCAUCACUGGGUAG